AUGGAUAAGAAGCCUCACACCUUAACUCAGUCUAUUCCAACAAUAGCAGUGAGUUGGGUGAUACUGUUUGUGAUUUUGGCCCUUGAUAUCUACUUUACAUCUGUCAUUUCUGAAAACAACACCAAGCUGACUGAAGAAAACCAGAACCUGAAAACACGAAACCAGGAGCUGGAGACACGAAACCAGGAGCUGGAGACACAGAGGAACAACUUAACACAACAAAUAGAGAAGAAGGAGACAGAGUGGAAUGAGCUCAACGUCACUCGAGCUCAGUGGACCAUUGAUGCCUACUGCAGCAUAGAAGAAAACCAAACACAUUGUAAUGUUUGUCAGGAUGGAUGGCUAAACAACACGUCCAGCUGCUAUGCCAUUAAUAACCCUGGUCUUAAUGAACAGAAAAACUGGAGAGAAGCUCAAGAAAACUGCAGAGGAAAGGGUUCAGAUUUGGUUGUUAUAGUUGAUAAAAAAGAAAAGAAAUACGUCAGUGAUCACAGCUGGGAAAGUUCUGGAACCAGAGGAUACUGGAUUGGCCUGAGAGUUGAAGAUGGGAGAUGGAAGUGGGUCGAUGGAAGUGAUCUGACUGAAGAAUCCUGGAUAGAACCUCCUGAGAAAGAUCACUGUGCAAUUUCUGUCAAACACAGAGGAUGGAAAUCAGUGAGCUGUAGUGAGAGAAACCGAUGGAUCUGUGAAAAGGCAGCUUUAUCUGUUUAAACACUGCAGUUAAACUUGAGAAGGUCACUGUCUGUAAAGAUUAAUCACAUGU